CGGGGCGGGGGCGGGGCCGCGCCGGCGCACGGUGUCCGCGCCGGCGGGAAGAUGGCGGUGGCCGGUGGCGGCUCGUCCCGCUCCCCGGAGCGGCGGCACGACCCGCUGUCCCGCUUCACCUGCCCCGUGUGCCUGGAGGUGUACGAGAGCCCGGUGCGCGUGCCCUGCGGACACGUGUUCUGCACCCCGUGCCUGCAGGAGUGCCUGAAGCCGAAGAAGCCGGUGUGCGGCGUGUGCCGCAGCACGCUGUCCGCUGGCACCAGAGCUCUGGACCUGGAAAAGCAAAUCGAAAUGACAGAAACCACGUGCAACGGCUGCAAUAAAAAAAUGUAUCUCUCCAAGAUGCGCAGCCACGCAGCCUCGUGUUCCAAGUACCAGAAUUAUAUCAUGGAAGGUGUGAAAGCUGUAACUAAAGAGCCACUUUACAACACCAGGAGCUUCCCCAAUCGCUUUACCUUUCCCUGUCCGUAUUGCAGCGAGAAAAACUUUGAUCAAGAAGGACUAGUCGAACACUGCAAAACAUUGCACAGCAUGGACGCGAAACAAGUGGUUUGCCCAAUUUGUGCCUCGAUGCCGUGGGGAGAUCCAAAUUACAGGAGCGCUAACUUCAUGGAGCACCUUCAAAGACGGCAUCGCUUUUCCUAUGACACUUUUGUGGAUUACGAUGCCGAUGAAGACGACAUGAUGGCACAGGUCUUGAUGCGUUCUUUGCGGGAUAAAUGAACCGACUAGGAGGUUAACUGUAAAACCAAGCUCGCGAGGGGAGCGCUCGGCACCCUCGCCCUUCUCCCUGCGCACCCCAGAUGAACUCAGGCAUCCGUAAAUAUGGAAGACUUUUGAAUCCCCGUCUCUGUUUCAAACCCUGGUUUGAUAUUUCAGUUCCACUCAGUCCCUCGUUAACGUGGUCUGUGCCGUUCGACCCCGUCACACACAGCUUAGUUAUAGGCCAACACGGAGGAGAAAAUCCGGCUUCCUUUACCUGUGCCUGUUUCCUGCUUUCUUUUGGAGUUGUGUUCAUUCGACUGUCUGAAAGCAAAUCCAUUCCAAGUAGAAUGGCCUGAACUAGUUAAUGAUCUCUUCCCAAUCUAUUUACAUAUCUUAAAUGAUAGUAUGAGAGGUGUAUUUGUAGCCGUUUUCCUUUAGUGAGACCUCUAGGUGCUAACUGUAAUUGUCAGACCUGCUCCCAUUCAAAUCAGUGCCCUAUGGUGCCUGUGAUUUCGUCAUGUUCCCAGUGUUUAAAUUGCUAUACCCAGACUCUCGCCGAUAUGGAAAACACGUCUUCACUGUUAGUCUUCAAACUACGAACUUUCUUAGCAAAUCCUUGCACCUGCGUAAGCAACUAGUUCAGAAUAUUUUAGUUCUAUGCAUGAUGAUUAUUUUCUUCCAUACUCCGGCCAUAAUUUAUAGCCUGGAAAAUAAACUGUAAUGUUGGGCUUAGUUAAAAUGCAUCCUUUUUUAAACUAUCUUAGCAAAUAUUAAUCAUAUUUGCUGGCUUUAUGAUUAAAUUGGUGGUUUCGAAACUAGUUUUCUAGCGAUUUUAAGCCUUAUGCUGAUAGGGGAAAUCAGAAGGUUUUUUCAAUACCUCUGCUUUUUGUUUAAACUAAAACUUUUUGCGUAUAUUCUUAGUUUUUUCCAUCUCUCAAGGCAAGGUGGUAGCAAAACUUACCAAUAGUUCCUAGCACUUGCAAGCACUGCCUCUGCAUUACAGAUUUAACAGGUAUUUUGAAUUUCUGUUCGAUUUCAGUGUUACUGAAGUAGCUGAAGCUGUUCUUGCACUGUUUUCCAUACAAUACGUACAGUACGCAGGUACAGCUUUCCAAGAAAACGUACAAUGUAACCCAGAAAGCAGGAUGACAGUUCCACCACUUGGUAAAUGACGACUCUGUAGUCAAGUCUACACUUUUACUAGAGAGAUUCCUUUUUAGUUGAAGGUUUUAAUUAACUGCCUCGUCAAGAUGCUGAGAUCUGAUGAUCUAAGACGCCUGACCAGAACUUGUAAAUCACAGUGGUGUUGAGAUGUCUAGUCUAAUUUAAGCAUGUUUAAUCGGAGCGGUGGACCUGCACCACCACGGAAUUGAGUACUAAUUAAUUUAUUUGACCAGUCAACUUUACAAGAUCAUUGCACUCUGCAGAGCGCAGCAUCGCCUUACCCUUAAAACAACGAGGUGCACCCCGGCUAACACUUCUCCAUUCAACCUUGUGUCUAGCCAGACUCCAACCUGUUCGCAUUGACCUUGGGUUUAGUGCGGUUCCCCGGUUGUAUCUGCGUGGUAACCGGCAGCUCAGUCCCGGCGCUGGGACCUCGUGGUGCUGUGGGAGAAGUGCUGUGGUUGGGGUUGGUUGUUUGUAAUGCUGGGUCUGCAAAGCGAUUACAGCGCAUUAGGGAUUGGAUGGGGAUUUCUGGGUUCUGGCUAGAGCGCAGUUUGGUGGUGCCCAUUGACCGGAAUCUAGAUUUCUGCUACUAUUUUAAGUGCACUUCCAUGCGAUUCUGAUAAAAUAUUUAAGGAGCAGCUAGAAGCUUCUGAGCAAUUACUUUGUCGUGUUUUUGACUUUCGAAGACAAGUUCCAAAUAAAGAUAAUUUAAUUUAUAAAAUCCUA